GGCCUGGCUGCCGGGGCGGGGGCCGAGCGAGCCCGACCCCUUCUCCCCCCGGCACGAUUCCGGCUCCCUCGGCCCCGGGCCCGCGGGGAGCGGAACCCCGCACCGGGCUCUCUCCGGCACCAGCAGCAGGAGUCGUGCCACCGCUGCCCCGCGAGCCUGGGCGGGACCAGGGGCGUCCAAUGCAACGAGGGGCUGGAGGGAAAUGGCGCAGCCCGCAACAAGUCGCCCGCCCCACCGCAGAGCUAGACCCGCUCCACUCCUCGCUCGGAGAUUGGGGGAGCCCUGGUCAGCUGAUACUGAUUCCAUAUGUCAAUCAACCCCUUCGGCCCGCCCACGAAAGGCGAUUGGCCAGCCCACCGGAAGUCACCUGGCCGGCAAUUAGGAGGCUGACGCGGCGCGGUGACGAUCUGCUGCCACCAGUGUUGCGGUUGCCACGUGCGCGCUGCACCCGGGAGAGGGACACUUUGCUACUAGCCACCAUGUUUGUUCUAGUGGAGAUGAUGGAUACGGUACGGAUUCCUCCGUGGCAGUUUGAAAUGAAGCUCAAUGACUCCAUUGCCGAAGAACUAAAUAAGAAGUUAGCUAACAAGGUUGUGUAUAAUGUUGGCCUCUGCAUCUGUCUGUAUGACAUCACAAAGCUGGAAGACUCGUACAUAUUUCCUGGGGAUGGUGCAUCGCACACUAAAGUGCAUUUCCGGUAUGUGGUAUUCCAUCCCUUUCUGGACGAGAUUCUGAUCGGGGAGAUUAAAGGCUGCAGUCAGGAUGGAGUUCAUGUUUCUCUUGGUUUCUUUGAUGACAUUGUCAUCCCUCCAGAGUCCCUGCAGCAGCCAGCUAAGUUCGAUGAAGCAGAGCAGGUCUGGGUGUGGGAGUACGAGACAGAAGAAGGGGCUCAUGACCUGUACAUGGACACGGGGGAGGAGAUCCGCUUCCGGAUAGUGGAUGAGAGCUUUGUUGACACAUCCCCUACAGGUCCAAGCUCCACAGAGGCUUCCACCUCUGGUGCCACAGAAGAGGUGCAGAAGAAGGAGGCACCCUACACUCUGGUGGGAUCCAUCAGUGAACCUGGCCUGGGCCUCCUCUCAUGGUGGACAAACAGUUAGCAGGAGUCAGAACUUGCUCUGCAUGGAUCCUACAGGAUGGAUGUUUUCAAGGAUUGCAGGAGCCAGCUGGUGCCCUGCUCCCCUCCAGGCAGUGGACAAGAAAGCAGGGCUUCCAUGUUCCUGUAAUUGCUCCCCACCAGGUCGGGCUGGCAACUGCCAAGAAAUACCUCCGUUAGAACUGUACAAGUAAAACUACAGAUACAAGGGCUGCCCUGUUACAUGAGCCCAGCAGCCACAAACCCAUCUGGGACUUUGACAUCCUGGAAAGCAGAGCAAAAUUGGGUUCAAAUGCCAAAGAAAGUCUCUGCAGUCUUGAAAAAGAGCAAUCUAAG